AUGUUUGGGGAUCAGCCUGUAUGUCCACCUCAGCUCCUGCCAUGGGGCUGGGGAGCAGUGCUGCUGUCUCAGUGCUUGUCCUCCGUGUUCUCCCAGAUCCCGGAUCCUGAGCUUUUACCCACAGAUCCCCCAAAGAAGCCAGACCCUGUCACAUCAGAGACCGUUGUUUUCUGGGGCCUGCGGUUAUGGCAGGUUAUCGGUAUCUUUGCUGUGUUUGCUUUAGCAGUUGUUAUCACUCUAUGUUGUAUAUUCAAAUGUCGAAUCCCAAGAACUAAAAAGGAAAUAGAGGCUCGGCACGCGCAAAGACAGGCUGCCAAGAAAUACGCCAACACAUUAGAGACAGUGCCACCUCUAAAUGAGCUGACCGAGAUCCCAGGAUCUGCUAAAGCAGAAGAAAAGGAGGAAGUGACAACAGUCUCAGGGAAAGUGGAUGCCGAUAAAAAAGAAAAGAAGACCAAGGAGGGCAAGAAAGAGGGUAAGGGUGCCAAAGAAGGGAAAGGAGAUGAAAAGGAUGCAUCAACAAAGAAGAAGGGUGAAAGGGAAGCAACCAAGAAAGAAGCUGGUGAGGGGAAAGGGAAGAAAUCUGGAGAGAAGGGAGACAGAGGGGAAAAAGGAGGCAAAGGAGGGGCUAAAGGAGGAUCCAAGAAAGCUCAAAAGUGAACU